GAUCCCACGUGUGACGGAGCGCUGCAUUCCCGGCUCGCUGACACCGUAGCUCCGCUCCAUCCGCCGACCUUCCGUCCGUGUGGAUCCGGUUAGUCACUGCCUGCAGCUGGCUCAGAUAUGGACGGAGACGGGAGCCAAAGCACGUCUGGAAGCCCGGCUGAUCCGCAGCACGACCCGGGGAAAAUGUUUAUCGGUGGCCUCAGCUGGCAAACUUCACCAGACAGCCUUAGAGAUUAUUUUAGUAAAUUCGGGGAAAUCCGAGAAUGUAUGGUGAUGAGAGACCCAACGACCAAACGCUCCAGGGGCUUCGGCUUCAUCACUUUCGCAGAUGCUGCCAGCGUAGAUAAAGUCUUAGCACAGCCGCACCACGAGUUAGACUCCAAAAUGGUAC